AUGGGCCAUCGAGAGGCGAUGCAGCCGUCCGAGGCAGACGACGACAUCGCCUGGGCUGGUCUCGAAGACGGCGUCGAGGACCCCGAGGAAAUCAGAGUCAUUUUCUGUGCCCUCGACUCUUUCGCUCAAUAUCCCAAGGUUGCCCACUUCAACGUCACCCACCUCCGCCGUCGGUCCUUCUACGCUCUGCCCGAGGCCCACUGGAAGCUGCUGGCGGAGCCCCCUUUCAACUUUCUCGACACGCUGGAGAAGGUGGACGCGGCGAUCGAUGCCAACGCCGAGCUCGCUCGAAACAUUAUGCGUGUCGGCCUGCGUUCCUUUGGGUCCAUGGCCGCCGGACCGGAUGAGCCUCCGACCGAGAUGCCGCCGGCCUGGGCCGGUGUCGCCAAGCAUUCCGACGUGGACAAGGCCCGGAGCACCAUCCGACAGUUUUACCGUGACUGGACGGCCGAAGGUGCGACGGAGCGCGAGGCCUGCUACGGGCCCGUCAUGCGUGCCGUGGACGAGGAGAGGGCGCGCCUGGCCGGCUCCCGACCGCUCAGCGUGCUCGUUCCGGGUGCCGGCCUCGGCAGGCUCGUCUUUGAGCUGUGCAGGAAGGGAUUCGUGGCCGAGGGAAACGAAAUAUCCUACCAUCAACUCCUCGCCUCGUCGUACAUCCUCAACGAAUGCGACGCCGCGGGAAAGCACACCGUCUACCCCUGGGUCCACGCCUUCUCCAACCACCAGACUCGAGAGAACCACCUGCGCGGGUACAGAGUGCCGGACGUCCAUCCGGCGACGGUCAUGGCCGCCGGGGCCGCCGGCGGGAGCAUGUCCAUGUGCGCGGCUGACUUUCUCUGCCUCUACGACGAUGAGUCCCAUCGCGACUCGUACGACGCCGUCGCGAGCGUCUUCUUCCUCGACACGGCCCCGAACCUGAUACGCUACCUCGAGGUCAUAUACAAUUGCCUGCGGCCCGGCGGCGUCCUCGUCAACGUCGGCCCGCUUCUGUGGCACUUUGAGGAUCAGGCGCCGGGCAACCGCGGGCACGACGACGACGGCGACGGCGAGCACGACUCCCGCAACUCGUCGGGCAUCGCCGAUCCAGGGAGCUUCGAGCUGUCCAACGACGAGGUCUUGGCCCUGCUGACGAGGCUCGGCUUCGACGUCGAGCGGGCCGAGACGGGCCACGAGGCGCCCUACAUCCAGGACAGGGAGAGCAUGCUGCAGACGGUGUACAGGGCGAGCGCCUGGGUGGCGCGGAAGCCACCGAGGACGGCACGGACCUAA